GUGGUCCACAACAAAGUCCACCAUCUCAGCAGCGCCCUCAACCUCAAGGCCAACCUCCUGCUCAGACCCAACAAUCUGCUGCCAGUCCUGGUACUGGUGACCCCAGCUCCCAGGCUAAGGCUAACCAGGGACCCUCGGCCCAGCCACGAUCUUCAGGACAGGGUGCUCCUCAACGAAGUCAAGGAAGUUCCCCUCAAGCUCAGAGGCAACAGUCUGUAUCCCAACAGAAGCCUUCUGCUGGGGCCCAGAAAGCUUCUGGUGGGCAACCGCAGCCACAGAGACCUGCCCAAAUGCCUAGGCAGCAGUCCCAGGGAGGGUCCCAGCAACAGAAGUCGCCUGGUCAGCAAAGUCGUCCAGGAGCACCCACCACCCAGCAGCCGAGACCUGCUGCUCAAGGCCAAGGGGGUCCAGGAGGAAGACCCCCUUUGCAGCAAAAGCCUCAGCUGCCACAGAAGCCCAGUCAGGACGGCCCGGCUGGGGGUGGCUCUCCACAACUGAACAAAUCCCAGUCUCUUACCAAUACCUUCAACAUUCCAGAAACCCCAGCGGCACGAGCCAGCCUUAGCCAGGACGAGGUCAAGGCUGAAACCAUACGCAAUCUACGCAAAUCUUUUGCCAGUCUCUUCUCAGACUGAGCUGGCACGAGACCCUCCCAUCACCCCCUUUUCCCUCCUCCCGCUGAGAGAAAAAUGGACAGGCAAACUGAAGGACACAUCCCUUCUCCUCCCCACCGAGCAAGGACCAACAGAAUCUCCAAUUUUUGAGACUGAUAAGAAAGUGUACUCACUUGACUCCCACUGCCCAAAUGGUUCAAAUCUAUUGGAUAUAGCUAAAUGUAGAAUACAGUCAGGUACAGAUGUUUGAAACAUUUAUUUCAAGCUUAGAGGAAUCAUUUCCUCAAACUGCUCAAAAACCUCUAUGUGCAUGCGACACCCAUACACUAAAAUAAGAAAAGAAAAAAAAUAUAUACUGCUCCCUCUUGUUUGUUGGUGCUGUAAAUUUAUUGUGGUACAUAUGGUUAAAAAAAUAAAAGACUGUACAAAAAAUAUUUGGAAGGGAAAGAUUGCCCUUUUUGUUCUUAUGGCCACAAAAUCAAACUAUCAACUUCUUAUGUGAACCUUGAAUCAUAAUGUAGCAACAAGUUUUUCCAUUCCAUUUUAAGCUGUUUAAUAUUGUUUCCUUAAAACAAAGCGUGACACAAGAGUUGAGAUAUUUUGAAUAGAUUUUCUGGGAAAAAGUAUGAAUAAUUAUUAUCUUAGCUGUUGUAGAUACAGUUGCCGUUUGAUUAACCUCAGUUUGGAAUAUUAAAUUUUAAUUCUCACAAUUUAAUGGCUAAUCUGAGUGAGUCGGGACCAAAGUAGAUCGCUGCUGUCUUGAAUUGACUCCAAUCUAAAAAAUGUCGUAGUAGUACAUGGAAACAGUAUUUUUUGAAAAUCUUUAAAUCAUUGCCAGCGUCACAUUACACAAAUAUUUACAUAGACUUGUGUUUCUUUGUAAAUGCUAAUAGCAUUAGCAUUUCCUUUAUAUCUGAGACACUUCCAAUAACAAUUUUUGAAAUUGGACUUGUUUUAGGACAUUUCACUUUGGCCCUAGCCUGACUCAGACUAAUUAUUCAUUUGUGAAUUUGAUCAGAGCUAAUCUCUAGUUCCACCUAUAGCAGGUAAGAUAUUUAUUGCUCAUAACCUUCCUGCAGAUGAAGCAAAAGUAAAGGGUAAUAAAAAAUACAAGAAAAUGCUCUAUAAGCUUUUUCAGAAAUGUAAGACCUUUCGAAAAGUGAAAUCACCAACACAUUUAUCUUCCUCAAGGUUUUAUUUAUUUUUAUUUUUUGUACAGUUCACUUUGCUUCCCACAGUGUUAGCAAACUCUAGUCAUGGUGACGUCUUACCUGCAUGUCAACAGGAGGGAGCAACUGUCGCCGUUUCAAACAUUUCGCUUUGGCGCUGGUAUCUAUGUCGUCACACAUAGUUGAAUUAGUUCGUGAAGUAGCUUUGUUGUUGUGAGUACGUUGUCGCUUUCACUUCGCUUCCCUUUUCUUUUACCACACAACAAUUGAAGCUCUCCACCUUUUACAACAUGCCUUAGACAGAUAAGGAGGUCAAAUCAAAUGGAGCUGUCUCAGGGAUGUCCAGUUGAUUGUGACACUUAUGUGUGGCUGAAGGUCUUCCAUUGUAAUCGUGUUGUAAAUGUUCACAAAUGAAGAUGGGCAAGCAUGCAUUUUUGUGAGGUAAAAAUGUUUUUAUUUUAAGUACUUUUGCACACAUGUAAGCAGCAAAAUCCUAUUUAAAUGCAAUGUUAUGAACUGAUGGAUGAAGUCCAUGUUUUCAGGAUUCUGAGUUUUUUUUUUUUUUUUCAGCUGACAAAGCAGCUUCUCAGUGUUUCAGUUCUGAGAUGCUACCACGUUGGUGACAUAGUAAAAAACAUUUUUAAAGCAACACAAGGGCAAGUUCUGACUGAAAAUCAGCUAUUGAAUUACAGUAAAUGGCUUUACAAUAAAUUUUCACAAGAUGUCAGACUAACUGUAGGAUUUAGCAGCAACUCGUGGAUUUAUGCAUUUCACUUCAAGCUAUAAGUCAGUUUCAUUCAGUUUGGCAGAUUUCUGCUUCCAGAAACAAGGCCAUGCUUCAAAGCAUACUCAGCCAAGGAAUGUUACACGUAUACAAUUCAUCUGCACAACAAGGGAGGGAAAAAAAAGGGAUGCAGAAUUCCCUGAAUAUGAGCAGCAACUCUGCACCAGUGACUCACUGCAUCUCAUUCUUUGCACUGACAACGUUUUCUUUAACCAAUAAGGAAAAUGUCUUCCAGAAAGAGUGAAUUAAAAAUGUGGAACUAGUUUGGCAAUAUUCUGCUUUUUUAGAGAAGAUUUGAGUAGUCGAGAAUCUAUAGAAGUCCUGAUCACCCCACCUCCCGCCCCUCCUCCCCCCAUGCUGCCUGUGCUUCUUGGUCUGUUUGUGUAGCCACAGUGACCCCUCGUGAUCAAUGGUGCAAAAACGUGUGGAUGUUCUGUGACCGUUCAAGUAGAUAUGCUGUACAGAGCUCUGAGUGAUGCAGAUUGUCGCCUCUCUCCCCCCUGCUAUUUGUGGUUGUUGAUAUUAGGUGUGUGUGUGUCUCUCUCUUGCAUCAAAAAAAGUUUGGACUGUUAUUUUAAUUAUUUUUUGCAUCGCUUUAGUUUGCAAGCUUCGCUGCCUGAGGCUAGUACGUUUCUGAAUGAGUAAUCCGGGAGUUCAUUUUAAAACUUUACAGCGACUCAGUGUAUUGCAGUAUAGUUUUACUGUCAGGAUAACCAGCAAAACAGUGCUUCUUCCACUGUGUAUUGUAGGAAAAUGAACUAUCACCAACAGUGCUUGAUGGUAGAACAAAGACUGAUGGACAAAAUAAAGUGGGACAGCGAUGCAAUGAACUACAUUUGCAUUUACAAUCUUUUUUCUGUUUGAAGGUUUAAAUCAUUUAUGGUGCAAACAUUUGACUGUGAAUGUAUUUUUUUCUUUCAGGUGAUUGUUUUCCAAUUGCACAGUAUAAUCAUUGUAAAAAAUAUAGAGUCAUUACAAAUUUGUGAAUGAGUGAAAACUGUCAGUCAAUGCCUGCCAUAUUUAAAUAUGCACAUCACAAAUAUAAUAAGUGCAACAAUCUACGGAUUUUGUUGAUCAAAAAUAAAAUGAUGCAUAAUCAAAUUCAUGGUGGAUUACUGAAAUAAAUGUAAGAAAAAAAAAGAAAAUAGAUGUUAUAUGCAAUGUAGCUAUAUCAUGUGAAAAUGAGUAUGUUGUUGAACAUGCACAUGUCUAAUAAAGUCUAUGCCCAACAAA